AUGGCCACCGUAAUCCAUAGUCGUCGAGGAACUGUCACUCGAUUGAGGCAACACAGCCAGAGUCCAAGUGACUCUGAUGAAGAUGUGUACACAGCUCCCCUUACGCCACCUGUUUCUCCUCAAUAUCCUUUCGGCCGAUAUCCUAGACAAUGGAAUCUAGGACUUCAACUCAAAAAUUUGAUAUUUUCAAGAUUCGGCCUUAUAAUCGGAUCGAUUUUGACCUAUUUUGCCUUAUUUCGCCGAGACGAGAGUGUCCUCGGAGACACUGGAGACAUUUCAGGAACCGAUCCGAAGAUUACAUCUGCAAUUCCGCUGUUGCAAAAGGAUGUCGUAUAUUAUGCAACCAAAAGGGAAGGAAAUACACUUAAAGGACACUUAGAUAUAUUCCCGGGCGACACGCUUUCGGUAGCCCGACGUUUUGCUAAGGAGUUACCAGACAUUCCACUAGCACACAAAUUCUUAGGGGGAAAUGUCCGACAUCAGAAUUUUACGGAUGGUGCAACUUUUUCAACCGAUUAUUUCAGUCAGCAUACAGGCAAAAGCUCCUAUUGGUGUUACAUUUUUGCUUGCGGUUUUGGAAGAAUGGGAAUUGAAGCCAAUUACCUCGAAUAUUUGAAAGCAUUACGAGAAGGAUACAACCUACUCGACGAGUAUCUUCUGAUUCACAGAUCUGUAGGAUUGACUGAAGCUCUGACGAGAGGUGUAAGACUGAUGAAUUUAUUCGAAGAGGCCAAAACUAAAAGUGGAGUGCUCCAAUCCACAGUAGAGCGUGGUACAAGUACAUUGUCCUCGGAUGAAGCUUCAAUGUCAGCACCUGACACCAAUCAACGCAAUGGAAUAAUUGGGUAUAUGCAAGAUUGGCUUGAGAAUGAUUUUGAACGAGGUCGAAUCGUGUGUGAAAUCGAAAUGCGCAACUCGCUUCACCAAACCCAGCUGGCGUUAAAAGAUAUUGACAGAAAGAUCAGAGAAGUUAUUAAUAUCUUAUUGCACAUGGAUAAUUACCUCAAUGAUCAUUGGCAUGUAGAUUGUCAUACUGAUGCAAUGGCAAAAGCCCUCCACAAUGUUUCCUCUUAUUACAACUUCAAUCAUCCAUCUCAUCCCAGUCCAAAUGCCUCAGGUUUUGGAAAGGGUUCAUGCUAG